GUGCAAGUCCGAGUGUGUGCAGCAUAACUGGAUCCGGAUCUGGAGAUCUGGAAGUAGCUGCGUAACGAGAUUUUGUGUUUAAGCUAUUGCCGCUGCCAGAAGUUACACCAGGGUCAGCGUCAGGAAGAAAACAAUAGAAACUACCAGGUUAUUUAUCAUUACUAUAAUCAGUUUUCAUUUAAAUAAUGUCAGUGAAAGAGAUUUGUUCUGGAUAACUUUACUUACUUCAGCAGAAAGCAGAGCCUGUAGAAAUUCUGUAGGCUUCAAUGAAUACAAAAGAUUAUUUUAAAAACAAUUAAAUUUUAAAAAAUAAGUUUUUGAUUAUUUUGAUUUGUAUUGUGGUGCUUCAGCUUUUAGGUUUAAAAGUUUUUCUCUGUAGCUGUGAGGAUUAGAAUCUUACUUUCAUUUUUCACAUAAUCAAGUGAUUUGAGGAGCUGGGGCUUUAAGAAAAAUACCAAAUAUUGCAAGUCUCGUGAUAAAAUCAUGAGGGUUGGCGACGCAGCAGAUGAUACUAGUCCAAAAUUAAAAUAGCCCUGUUCUUGACAAGUUUACCUUUAAAACACUGGAGUGGACAUCUGAAAGAUUAUGUUUAGCGUUAAAGCAUUCUGUUUGGUAGAAGCAAUUCACUUGGCCACUGGCUGCCCGAGGUUGGCUGGUAGACUUAUUCAUCCAGCUGUUUGUCACGUGCAUCACUGGACAAAGAGGGAUAUAGAUCCCAGGUGGAGCUCCUGGACUGGUCCAAAUAGCACUGGUGAAGCAGGAGUAAGUGCUCACCAAACCAAGGUCAUGGCAAAGCAAGAGCAGCCUGGUCUUUUGAUCGUUGAAAUAGGAGGUGUAUGUGGUGUGCUGGAAGGGCAUGUGGAGCUCUUGAAGAAACACUUUCACCUUAUCACCAUGAAGGAAUUUCUUAAAAAGAAAGAAAGAUUGAGUGAAAAAAUCAGAUCUGUUCUCAUAUAUGAGUGCAGACCAGUCAUUGACCGGGAGCUCCUCCAGAGCCUACCUCACUUAAAGGUGAUCGCAAACUCGGGGGUAGGAGUGGAUCACCUGGACUUAAAAUUGAUUUCGAGCUUUGGAGUUAAAGUGACCAAUACUCCACAUGCUGUUUCUGACUCCACAGCAGACAUUGGGAUGGCCUUGAUGCUGGCAUCUGCCAGAAGGCUAGUGGAAGGUUGUCAGAUUGCAGUUUCUCCACAGACUGAGCAUUUUGCUGCUGACUGGCUUGGAGAUGAAGUCACUGGGGCUACUCUCGGUAUCAUCGGCAUGGGCAGCAUUGGGUAUAAGGUGGCCAAGAGGGCCAAAGCUUUUGAAAUGAAAAUUCUGUACCACAACAGGAACCAGAGAAAAGAAGAGGAGGAACAGGCUGUUGGUGCCCGCUACUGUGAAAAGAUGGAAGAUUUGCUCCAGCAAUCUGACUUUGUGAUACUGGUCGUGAACCUGACACCUCAGACACACAAAUUGAUUGGGAAAAGGGAGUUAGAGCUGAUGAAACCCACUGCUACUCUCAUUAACAUCAGCAGAGGUGCCGUAGUUGAUCAUGAUGCAUUGGUGGAAGCUCUCCAAAAUGGGAUUAUUAAGGCUGCAGCUUUGGAUGUGACAUACCCUGAACCUCUGCCAAGAGAUCAUCCAUUAUUAAAAUUAAAGAACAUUAUCAUAACUCCACACAUUGGAACUGCUACAGUCCAAGCCACCCGUAUGAUGACAGAAGAAGCAGUAGCAAAUAUACAGGCUGUUCUCAAUGGUCUCCCCAUUCCCAGUGAAGUGAUCCCUCAGUGACAUGUCAGAGAACAUAAAUACACAGUGGCAUGUCUGUGAAAGGACUUUAUUCUACUGAAUCAUACAGUAAUUUUGCAGUGCAAUGGUUAAUAAUGACAAGUGAACAUGUUCCUACACCGCUGUCACAUUUAUGCUGCCACAUAGUGGCUAUAUUGUAUAAUUGCACUCCAAUCAUGUGAUCAUUUGACUAAUAAAGUCAGUUGUUCAAAGGCUCUUAGCUGAGCAGUUACAGAUAACUCUCUGCUUUCAAUCUACUCUUUCACCAAAUACACACUACAUACUUAUCCUAACACUUACUACAUCCUGAUGCAGGGGAGGCGGGCACACUAGCUGCUCCUUAUGAUCUUCAGAACAACAUAAGAAAAUCAGAAGUAAUAUUGACCAAAGGAGGAUUUUUAUAUUUUUAAUUAUAUCAAUGUAAAAUUCAACACUAGGUAUGAUCAUUAAAAGGAAAUAUAGUUAUUGAGGAUUUAAUGAGAUGCUCUUGGGCAUUGUGAUGGGUUGGACCCCACCCCCUCCGGGAUGCCACCUGAUAUACUAGGAUUUCACUAGCUCCACUAGCCUGUUUUGCUGAAUAGGCUCUCUGGUCUAUGGCAGCGCACGCGUGCACACACACACUAAACUGCAGACACAGACUGAAGUCAGCUCUAUGUGAAAGUGUCAUAAACAGAUAGUUAAGGGUUAAUGUCUCUUUUACCUGUAAAAGGUUAAGAAGCUCAGUAAACCUGGCUGACACCUGACCAGAGGACCAAUAGGAGGACAAGAUACUUUCAAAUCUUAGUGGAGGGAAGUCUUUUGUUUGUGCUCUUUGUUUUUGGGUGUUGUUCGCUCUUGGGACUAAGAGGGACCAGACAUCAGUCCAGGCUCUCCAAAUCUUUCUGAAUCAGUCUCUCAUGUUUCAAAAUUGUAAGUAAUAGCCAGGCAAGGCGGGUUAGUCUUAUUUUUGUUUUCUCAACUUGUAAAUGUUCCUUUUUCACUGAGAGGAUUUUACCUCUGCUUGCUGUAACUUUGAACCUAAGGCUAGAGGGGGUUCCUCUGGGCUAUAUGAAUCUGAUUUCCCUGUAAAGUAUUUUCCAUCUUGAUUUUACAGAGAUGAUUUUUUACUUUUCUUUCUUUAAUUAAAAGCUUUCUUUUUAAGA